AUUUGACGAACAACUUAAUGAAAACGUGUGAUGCUGCUGGUUGGUGGGCGGAGUGAAUUACGUAUUUACAAAAUAUUUCCGCGUGUUUGUCCAGUGUCCACCUGUCAAAGCAUGUGACAUUCGUGUACUGGUGAUAUUGAGGAGAUGUAACGGAGAAUUGUAGUGAUGAGACAACGGGAAACGUAAAAAUGAGUGAAGAAAUUUACAACCAACUUCUAAACACCGAGUCCAGUUAAACACAGACUCAGAACCAUGUUAAUGUCAAAACUUGCACUGGUACUGCUCUUGGUUUACCAUGUAAACUGUGCCAUGCGAAGCUGUGGUGAACUUGUUGUAAAACACGGUUUGAAAACACAAGUUGUGUAUCCAAACAUCGGUGAAGAGGGAAACCUUGAAGCUAUAUUUGAUGAGAAGUUUAAGGUUGAUGUAUCAAACACGGGACCAGCAGUGAUUGGGUCACAGAUUGAUUUCCUGGCUGAGUUGUCGACAGAUGUCAUUGUGACAGACAAGAAGCGCUUUCUGUACCACUGGAUGAACGACGCCGACAACAAUGAGCGUCUGGAAGCAACCAACAACUACAAGAGCAACAUUUCUUCCUACAUAUUUGAUUCAGACCUCAUACUGCCCAAUAAAUACAAAAUGAAAGUGUGUGUCUACAAAAGGCACAAGGAGUUUUAUGUGAAGGUUGCAGAGAACUAUACACUGUUUGAAUUAACAGCCUCCCUAAACGGAAUAGCCCACCUUUAUCAAAAUCUCACCUAUAAUAAAACACAAUCUAGUGUAUUCUGCACAGACAGAACAAUGCAAUACAGUGUUAACUUAACAGACAAGUUUCCUACUGCACCAACAUUCUGGUUUAAAUGGUUCAUUGAUGGACGGCAUAUUGAAACAGAAGAAAACAGGAACUUCUUCGAGUUUGUUCACAACAAAACUGGAUUAUGUACACUCACCGUUGAGGUUACCAUGGAUUCUUUUGGAAAGCACAAAACCUUAAAAAGAAGCUGGCUUAAACACAUUUAUUUUGAAGAAGAGAUUCAGACCGUUGAGAUCAUGUCUGCCUCUGAGAUGGUCACAAAUAAACCAUUUACCCUCAAUGUCACUUAUGAUGGAAGUGAUGUGACCGUGUGUUGGAGGAUUGUGGAUCUCAACAACAACAGUGUAGUCAACAGGUCAUGUGACCAGCCCCUGUCAGGAGGGUGGUUCCUGACCCCGGAGAUUUCCCUGUCUCAGGGCCAGUAUAUUGUCCAGGUCAAUGUGACCAAUGAUGUGAGUGCUGUGAGCGGACAGAGUCGGGUGCUGUCUGUAUAUAAUGGUGGAGGAGCAUCAGAGACUUUGUCCACGUUAGUGGUGCCUGUGGUUUUCAGCAUGCUGGGCCUGGUUGUGGUGGUGGCUGGCGCCGCGUACGUAGUGCGACUCCGCAAGAAAUCAAACGUGGAGGUUGCGAACUUUGACUUCCAUCCUGAUAUGGAUUCCUCGGGGUCACAGAUCUUUAGUAGGUUCAGGAGGGGCUUGAGCAGUUUUUUUCAGCGCAAUGAGUACAUAAGGAGACACAGACUUGCCAAAUAUCAAAGAACAUCCGCAAAAUCAUACGGGGCAGUCGAAGAAUUGUGAUGACUUGAGUCCUUUUUGUCUUGUUAAAGGGAAAAGAGAAAACAUGUGGUGCUCAUAGUAUUAGUUCAAUACUUGAUUUAGGUGUUGAUUAUCUGGUGUAUGAAUUGAUACAAACAGUGAUACAAGGUACAUAAGUUAAUUUGAUAUUAGAAUGUGUUGUGAGUGAUGCAAUGCCUGUGAACUGUUCAAUGCAAUCAUAUACUUGUAACUUUAUCUAAGGUGAAACAAAUCUACUGAGAUUUUAUUUACCAUAAAUGUAAAUAUUGAUUUGGUAUUAUUCAAAUUAUUAAUUUCAAUUUUAUUCCAAUCAUUUAUAAUUUACAUACUUAUGAGAACCAUUGGUUCAUGUUGGGCCCAGAUCAAAAUGCUGUUCUCUUUUAUUUUGCCCAAUUUUUAAAAAGAUUUAAUGAGUUUUUACACAGUGUGAAUUGCAGUGGUUGCAGUAUUGUUUUUUUUAUAGAUGAAAAAAAAAACCAAAAUAAUAUCAGUACAUGUUCUGAUGUGGUAUAUAGUAAUUUGAUUAACAACAUACACAUCUCAUGUGCCAUGUACAUGUAUAGGCUUUGUUUGUGUUAUUAGCCAUGAUCAUUUCACCAAUUCUCUGUUCAACAACACAACCAAAUACAUUGUAUGUCCAGGCAAUGAUAUCAUGAAGCAUUUUUGAAAUUUUCCAAAUUUCAAUCAUUCAUAAAAUGAUAAUGUAUCCAAAAAUUAUGGCACGCUGAUAAUUUGUAACUAGAAACAUUAUAUAGAGAGACAGUUUAAAGCAUUUCAUUUUUUUAUUUAUUCAACCAUAAGUCAAUAGGAGUGUGUACAAAUUUUGACUCAUGAUCCUGGGGUGAAUUUCUGUCUUUACACCAAAUUCAUCUUGCCUUGUGACAUGCAUUUCAUUGUCUUGGUGAGUCAAGGUAAUGCCUUAAUUUGAUAGGUUAUCGAUACUUUACUUUCCUGUUGUCUAGAUGUGGUCUCAAUUUGUCAAAGUCACAGGUCAAGGUUAGUCAAUCUAUGAUGCAUUGACCAUUGUCUAAAUCUCUUCAAUGUAGCAAAUUUAAAUAUACAUAUAUUUUGUUGUAAUUAAACAUGCACAUGUCAUAUGUAAAUUUAUUGACAUACAUUUGUGUGUGUUUAUGGGAAAUCCUAUCAACUUUUAUUUAUAGUUUAAUAUGUAAGUGUACUUUUACAUGUAUUUGUUUAACCUGUUAUAUUGUUGAAAAGUGAACUGUACUCCUGUGAUAAAUCAAACUGUCAUUGAUUUUAAAACUUAUAAAAUAAGACAAAUA